AUGUCCGAUUCCCCCCAAUCUCCUCCCAAGGACGUCGACCAUGGCGCACAAUCACCAGACGAGGAAGGACAAAUGAACGAGAAUCAAGACCCACAGUCGGCCAAUCUGGCGAGCUAUGAGUUCGAGGGCGUUAAAGAACAGGAUCGGUGGCUGCCCAUAGCCAAUGUCGCCCGAAUUAUGAAGAAUGCCCUUCCGGACAAUGCCAAGAUAGCGAAGGAGGCCAAGGAGUGCAUGCAGGAGUGCGUGAGUGAGUUCAUCUCGUUCAUCACGAGCGAAGCCUCGGAAAAGUGCCAGCAGGAGAAGCGAAAGACCGUCAACGGCGAAGAUAUUCUGUUCGCGAUGACGUCGCUCGGCUUUGAGAACUACGCCGAAGCGCUCAAGGUUUACCUCUCCAAGUACCGCGAACAACAGAACCAGUCCAACAGAGAGCGUGUCAUGGAAAACUCGUGGGGUGGCUCGAUGAUGCCCGGCGAGAAGGGUGAGCCAUCAGCCGCCGGCGCGGAGUAUGGAACUGCGGAGGGCGCUGCUGGCGCGGACGGCAGUGCGGACCCCAACUACAUGUACGGCUCGCAUCCCGCCCACAACGGCGCCGGCGCUGCUGAGGGGUACUAA